UCCAGUGCUUCCUGCUGUCCGUGACCGUCGCCUUCGACGCAGGGUGCAUCCGGCUGUCUGUGUCUCGAGAGCCCUCCAGAAUGCCCAAGAAGGCGGCUAAAGAAGACGAGCACGCAUGGGUGUUCGAUUCACUCGUGGAUUUCCUCCGGGGUCCGCUCUGGAACAUUCCGAUCAUGAACUUCAUCGAAGAGAGGUCGAUGUUAUUCGAACCUGACGGAGCCAACAGCAAGGCCUACAAGAAGGUUCACGAUGACUACAAGAACCUGGUGGAUCUGAUGCUGGGUUCCUACAUGGAAGACAUCGGCAUCACGCCAGAGCAGUUCGAGAAGGCCUGCAGCAACGCGGCCGCCGAGAUGAAGUCCAAGUUCCACCAGCUGCAGUUCGAGCAGCUGUGGGCGGCCGACGACUUCGACAUGUUCCAGAGGAUGAUGAUCCGCACCAACAUCGAGCUGCAGUUGCAGGCGCUGGAGCUGCUGCAGCACCGCCACGGCGUCAUCCCGGCCAGCUUCCUGCCGGGCGACGUUAGCGAGCAGGAGCGCCGCAUCCUGGAGGAGGUGACGCGCCGCUCGCUGGAGGACCAGGGCGGCAGCGUGGACGGCGACACCCGCGCCCUCGAGGAGGCCAUCGUCAGCACCGAGCAGACCAAGCAGCAACUGCGGGCCGGCCGCGACCGCGAGCAGGAGAUCAUCAACAGCACCAUGAAACUGUCCAUCUCCGACCCGCCGCAGGCCGCGCCGCAAACGGCGGCUGAUAAAAUCUCGCCCGAGGAGCUGAAGAGAAGGCAGGAGUACCUGCGUCAGCAGCGGGACAAGCUUCUGCUGAUGAAGAGAGCAGAACGUGAGAAGAUGCUGGCGGCAGAGGGAGAGUCCAAACAGGCGAGACCCAAGUCUUCACGCGCGGCGCGGUCGGCCAUGGCCGGCAAAGUCGACCCCAAGACCGUGGAGAUGAGGAGGAGCUUGGCCAAGGUUCUUCGUCAAGAGGUGGUUGACAAGAAGUAAGAGUGAAACAGAUGAAGUCAGCAAGAGAGAGAAAAGAGGUACUGCGGCAUGAGGUAAUGUGUUCUGUGGAAAUAUUGUCCUGGUAAUGGCGUGGUGAAGAUUCACAAGUGAGUAUCUAGAAUCGAUAGUUAGUUGAAAAUAUGCGAUUGAAAUUGAAAAGCAUGCGAUGAGAGGUGUGAGACGAGGAACGCAUUUGUUCUGGCGAUUGUACCAUGCGGUGACACAGAGGCUUUCAGUGUCACUAACUGAGCACAUGGACGAAGAUUGAGAUAUUUGUGAAGUGGGUACCGUAAUGUAGGUACUGCCGAAUACACAGUGAACAGGACAUGUCUGGUGCCUUACGUCGAAAGAGCGUUGACUGCAACCGAGUAGUAAGUCGUUUGUUGCACCAUUGCAAUUUUCGUUUUUCGCUUCACCUGUCGAUAUGUUAAGUUUUCGCGCUUCUUCGUCUUGACAGAACCCUCGUGCUCAAGUAGUCAAAUAAAUCAGAAAAGACAAA